AUGUUCCUUGCAUGCUUUUCUAAAGAUCCAGCUGAGUAUUCUGUGGUAGAGUUGAAACGAUGGCUCGAAUGUCAUGGUGUAAAGCGGACGGGAAAGAAACAAGAUUUGAUAGACAGAGUGAGGGGUGCUAUUGAGACAAGGCAGGGAAUAGACCCUAAGGUUGAUGGUGGAAAAUGGUACGAUAUAAAAAGAUCAAGCUUACAAGUCGAAGAUGCCCCUGCAGUUUGGAAAAUUCCUGGUGAAGAUUGGAAAAGCUUUCCUUCGUGUGACAUACCGAGUAUGUUUAACUAUGGCCACGUUUACCAUUACCUAGUCGAGUCCAUCUCACAGUUUGCCACAGGAAACAAUGACGAAGACAGCAACGACGAAAGCAAUACUGGUUAUACAGCAACUGCAAAACCGCUUAGAAAAGGUAUGAAUUUGAUGAAAAGUGAUUUCAUAAGUGACAUUCAAGACAACAAAAUCGAGGAUUCCUACUUUGUACGUGCCCAUGUGCACCACUCAAUGAAGAAUGAUGUGCCAUUAAAUGUUGUUAUUGGCCUGUCAAGCAUCAGUGGGUCAGUUCAGCUUGCUAAAUGCAAUUGUAAAGCCUCAGCACUUGCAAGAUGUGCCCAUAUUUCUGCUCUUCUUUUAAAAAUCAUUGACUUUGCAAAGAAUAAUGGCUACACUGUGAUUUCUCCUUCCACUUCAAAGCCAUGUGUGUGGAACACGGGCAAAAAGAGAAAGAAAAACCCAAAGGCCAUUCAUGAGGAGAACUAUUCAUCGAAGAAAUUAUCCAAGAACAGGAUUAUUAACUGGGAUCCUAGGCCUGUAAAUUUCAGAGGAAGGCCAAACAAUCAGGACAUAAAUGAAUUUGUUAAGGAUCUACAGGUAAUAAGCUGUAAAGAAAAUAACCAGUCCAUGUGGCAAAUGACAUUGAAAAUAAAUUAUGAAGAUUAUGAUUUAAUAGAUGAGAGAAGGGAUUUGUUGGCAACAUAUGUACGUAUUCUCAAAGAAUGCCUGAUGGAAAACAACAAGGGUGUCCAUAAUGGGCCCAUGGAGAUUGUGGGCACAUCAAGACGAAGCACCUCUCCGAGGUGGCACAGUGAGAGGCUGCUUCGAAUUACAGCCUCCAAAUGCAAGCUGCCAUGUAUAUUUGGAGAACAAAUUCUUGCUGGAAAUGGGAAUCAAUAUGCAUGGUCCAUGCAUAAAUGGAUCUCCAAUAAUCUCUGGUUUUCAGAGCAUAUCUCAACCAUGUAUAUGGAAUAUGGGGUAGAGGAAGAACCACAAGCAAGAAGAGCAUAUAUGAUGGCCACAGGAAGUAAUGUUGUGGAAACAGGGAUGUGGAUCAAUACUGAAGUUCCCUUCCUUGGUGCUAGUCCUGAUGGCCUCAUUCUUAAUAAUUUUGGUAGUGCUAUUGGAAUUGUUGAGAUUAAAUGUUUGAAGAUUUUGAAGAAUAUUUCUGUUUCUGAUCUUCUUACACAAAUUGAGAAGAAACAAGUUUCAAGUACUGUUUUAAGUCGACAGUGUUUUGGGGUCCAUGAAAAGAAAUUAAUGUUGAAAGAGGGCCAUGUGUACUAUUAUCAGAUUCAGUUGCAGUUGCUAACCACAGGACUUUCAUUUUGUGACUUUGUGCUGCAUACACCAAAUGGUCCUCCUUCAAUUCAAAGGAUCACACCAAACCAUGCUUUCCAAGAUAGUUUGAGAAGAAACAUUUCUGCAUUCUGGCACAAAGUAUUCAUACCAGAGUACUUUGAAAUGCGGGUACCCAGAGGACUCCCACCAUUUAUUGUGUAA